AUCACCAUCAUCAUCGCCUUCGCCUUCGCCUUCGCCUCGCUUCACAGAGUUUGAGACCAAAAUCACCAGAGCAGCACCGGGGGGAAGAGAAAGCACGGCGGCCAUGGCUGCUCUCCAGAGCUCACUGACUUCGCUCUCCCUCUCCUCCUCCAGCUCGUUCCUCGGCCGGCGCCUUCCCCCCUCCUUCCUCCACCCGGCCUCCGUCAAUUCAGUGGAGAAGCCAUGCCUCAUUGUUGCGAAGCUCAAACGUUGGGAGAGAAAAGAAUGUAAGCCAAACAGCCUUCCUGUUUUGCAUAAAAUGCAUGUCAGGCUGGGCGAUACAGUGAAGGUGAUAGCUGGACGUGAUAAGGGGAAGAUCGGGGAAAUAUCUAAGAUCUUCAAACACAACAGCACCGUUGUUGUCAAAGAGAUAAACUUGAAGACAAAGCAUGUGAAGAGCAGGGAAGAAGGUGAACCCGGGCAAAUUAUCAAGAUCGAAGCGCCUAUUCACAGCUCAAAUGUGAUGCUCUACUCGAAAGAUCAAGAGGUGGCAAGUCGGGUGGGUCACAGAGUGCUCGAUGAUGGAAAAAAAGUCCGCUUCCUCAUAAAAACUGGGGAGAUCAUUGACAGUACAGAGAACUGGAAUAAAUUGAAGGAGAGCAAGGAGAAAACUGAAGUUGCAGCAGCCUCAUAGAAAUGGCUCCGUGACUCCAUUAGACUGAAGUUUCCGGAUCUCUUUAUGUAACAUCAUUCCUCUCUUGCAAUUUCAUUUGACCCUUUUCCCGGAGUUUAAAUUGUAUUCUUUCUUUGCACAUCCUCGUUCAGACGGUAGGAUAGGACAAACGAGUUUACUUAUAUUUAGUCGGAAAGAAAUGCGGUUUGUUUCACUUUGGAA